AGCAUCUGCUACAUACAGUGAAAAUCAAUCACGGUGCUUGGCGACCUAAACCAAAGAGCCAAGAGGCUGACUCUUUACUACUGAUGACCACGCGUCUAACUACAUUUUCGCAAUAGAUAUUCCUAUCUAACUUCUGGCUUCAGCCAAAGAUAUCCGUUGGAAUAAUUGGAAUAUAGUAUACAAUAUAACUGCACGGAGACUGAAAAAACUAGAGCUUAACUCGUGAACGUUGGUCAUGCUGUAUAAAGUCAGGCUUGAGGACGACAAUAGCAGGGCUUCGCUUUUCGAAUAUUUUUUUACUCUGCUUUUGUGCAUCGCAAAGAACGACGCCACGGACAAUAAGCUCGGUGCAUAUAGAAAAGUCCCCAGCUUCACUUAAGGCAAAUAGCAAGCGCUCUUUACUGGCCCUAUGCGACAGGGCGAUUCGAAACGAGGUGUUAAUUUCGUGCCAUGGAAUAGCCACGGAGGCUUAUGUAUGGCUGGGUUGUUGGCGUAGAGAGGAAGAAAUGCCUGUCGGUUGGGACAAAUACGGUCGAUUUGGUACUGUCGUAAAUUUCGCGCACGGUCUCUAUGGAGAGAGUAGUUCCGAGGGUCGGCUGUAGCUAUGUCCAUGGCUGCUAACAUGGCGAAGAGAGAUAGCCUGGUGGUAUCCCCGUCUGUGUUGGUCCAGUCCCGUCCAAUAAGGUAUAACAAGGGCAAGGAACUAUCUCUCUCUAUCCGCUCUUCUAAUGGAAGAGAAUGGGGAGCGCGCGGUUCAGUUACAUUCACGAUUUCUGUGAUUGGAAUGUGCGGGUCGAACGUGAUUCGAGUCGGCAUAGCAGAAUACUACAAUUUCCUUCGGCUCUUCAGCUCCCCUUAGCAACGCUCCAAAGUCCAUAAGAGAAUGCGAACAGUGUAGAAUCUGUGCAAACAACGUUUCGAAGGAUGAAGGGGUGUAUAUUUUUUCUGAAGAAAGCAGACGACACUAUCUGCAAGCAAAAAUACGCAAAUAUUUAUACGUGUUGGUAUCCUCCGAUGAUAAGUUGCCACAAAUCGUUUGUUCGACAUGUACGAAAAGAUUGGAUGGCAUUCAUCGGUUUGCAACAAUGGCACAUCGAGCCCAGGAAAAGCUAAGAUUACAACUAUCAGAAAUAAUGGAGAAUGUGAAGGAAGCGGAUGAAAUGGCAGAUGGGAAAAUCAGGAAUAAUCCAGAGGCAACCAGAAGGCUGGAAGAUCGAGGAUUGCUGCAUUCAAUCCUUACUCAAGUGCGUCCGCCAGAAGGUGCUAUAGAAAUAUUGGCUGAAGGCGAACCACUAGAGUCAGUUUCUCUGUUAUCCCAUGAAGACAGCGAGCAUACUCAAAGUAUGGAAGAAAUGGAAGUCAAAGUUGAUCCCAUGUUAUUUUUGCAAUGCGCAUUGGAACAAUCUGGGUCCGAUGUAUCUGAUGUAUCGGAUAAUGAAGACAAAGAGUCUAGAACGUCAUCACCUGAGCCGCCGUCAGUUACGCACAAGAAUAUUGAGAUAAAACAAGAACCACCCUGUUACGACACUAAGCCAUUUGAAUUAAUGGAGACUGACGAAGAUGUAUUAAACAACAGCAUAAAACCUUACGAAUGUACAAUAUGCGCUCGAUCUUUUAUAUCUCAAAUUGGACUGCAAAACCACUUGUGGUCACACUUACCCAGGGAUCAUAGAUUUGACGGGAAACCUAUACUGAGGUCACAACAAGUGUUUUCUACAAAUGGAGUGCUACAUACAAGUUCGGAUAACAAUUCGACUGGAAAUUUCAUAUGCCCAAUUUGUAGCAAACGGAUAUCAACAAAAGGAAAUUUGAAAGUGCAUUUGGAAACGCAUAGGCCUAAAGGGAAGUACGGCUGUGAUAUAUGUGGCAGAAUUUUCAAAACACAGUCCAAUUUAUUCCGUCACAAAGAGUAUCACGGAGGUAUUCAAUUUCCGUGCAAUGUUUGUGGCAGAGUAUAUCCAACAAAUUCUACACUGCGUGCGCACAGUAUAACUCAUUCGGAUCUGAGACCCCAUGCUUGCCCGUUAUGUGACAAAACGUUCAAGAGAAAUCAAGACCUGAAGUUCCACAUAAAUCAACACACUGGUGCUAGGCCUUACCAAUGUCCGUAUUGUCCGAAAGCAUUUGCAAGCUCUGGAAAUUGUUUUUCUCAUCGGAAACGAAUGCAUCCACGAGAAGUUCAUCGAGAUCGGCAAAGAGCAGCAGAUUUAAUGAGAUGAACCUCGGAGAGCAAGUUCGAAGAAUGGGUGUAAUGAGGAGUCAAUGAGAAUGCAACUCUUCUAAUAGCGAUAUCACAUCUUGAAGUAUUUUACAUACGUAACCAUCAGGACUGGGCGGGCAUCCAGCAUACUCGGGUAUCUGAAUCGAACAUUGAACUUGAAUGAAUAUAUACCCGUAAUUCUAGCAGCGUGAUACUAUUUAAUUAUUUUGUCAAGACACUGGAUAAAACAAUUCCAAAUCUGUUGGGUUACCUGACCUGACGAAUUUGACUAGCCACAUACGUCUAGUAACCAUAAAUAUUCUACUUUCAAAUUAUGUGGUGCUAACUAUCUGUCGCAUCAUUGCAAAGUUUUUCCUCCAGCUUGUUCUUAUUUCGUUAUAGUAAAUAAUAUAAAAUGAGAUACAAGUUGAUAUCCUUUGAGUAUACAAUUCAAAAAUUAGUAUGGAAAACUAUAACAAUCAUUUCAUAAGGAUUAUUGUUUAGGCAUGACCAUAUUUUUUGAUAUUUAAAUAUUCGUUUUAUUAUAAAAUAAGUGUAACGCAAAUUUGUAAGAUUGGACAUCAUAGAGAUGAUUUGAUGACCGUGAUUUAUGUCAAUUUCAGGCAUUUAAAUCUAGAUAUCACCAGUGUAUAUUAUUGUGUUCAGAAUGUCCACCAUUUCAUAUGAUUUGUUUAAGGCGUCUGUUAAGUUAAAAUUAGAUACUUUUCAUUAAUUCUAUUAUGAGGUAGUUACAAACCAAAGCUUUAUCAAAUUAAUAUGUUCGUAAGCUAUAUGCAAUGAUUUCCUCAAAAAUGCAAAAUAAAACAUACUGAAAUUAAAAUCAAGAGCUUACAUAUCGCACGGAUGUAACAAUUCAGUAAGUACUCAAUGCGCGGCCAUGUCCUAAUAAAAUAAUUAAAUAGUGUCAAUUUUUUGUCAAUCAGUUUCCUUAAAGUGCAACACCUAUGUUUGAAAUACAGAGUACCACAUGAUCGUGCCUGUAAGGGGAAUUCAAGUUUAUGAUCAAGAAAUUUCAUUGCAUAAAAUAUAAUGAGAUCGUGAAUGCAGUGUAAGUUAGUAUUCUAGUCAUCAUGUUUAAAAUGAAAUUUACACACAUAGGUAUGUAGGUAGUCGAAGAUAUAUAAUACAGUAUUUUGUCUAUGUGUAGAAUUAAGCCAAUUUAGUAGGUGAAGUAGCGUAGGGGGAACAAGAAAAGUGAUUUUAUACAACGUACGAAAACUCUGCAUGUAUGAAGAAUUGUCGAAAGCUAUUUUCUAGUUUGUGACGGUUUAAUACAAAGCAUAUAUGUAGAUAUGUCAUUCGGUGUUAAGACUGUAUACGAAAAGUGUGUGUCAAAUUAGAUUAAAUAAGAAUGUAGGUAGUUACCGUCUAAGAUACGUUAAUUUCAUGGCAUGAAAAAUAUAUUUAGACACGUAUAUUGAUAGUAUUACAAUUUAAGAAAGGAAUUAAAGGGCCUACUUAGAAUCGUAUUGCAGCUCGUAUCAUUAUUCUUAUAAGAAAACUAAUAUUAAUGAAUGUUAAAUGAAGUCUGAAUAGUGUUAGGAAACCAAUUUUCGACUAGAUAUUUGUGUACUGUAGAAAUAUAGAUCAUAUAGAACGUGCUUCCGUACAAUAUACCUUAGGACGUUUUUAAAAAAAUCCUAAAUUUUUUAAACUCCUUCUACCAUUUAUUAUAGAUUUAGUUCGCCGCUCUACAAUAUAAAAGUUAAAUGACGUCGAAAACACAGUAAGAAGAAUCCAAUGUCCGAAAACUCGUCGUUUCCGUAAGCUUCCAAAAUUUUUGAAUCUUGUAUGUUUUUUUUUUUUUUUUUGCUGCAGUUUCAUAAUUUCUU